UUCUUAAAAAGAUGUCAAAUUUUUAUUUGGAGAAGAGAUUUUUCAUACUUGUUAUGAAUAAAACUAGACCAUUUUUUAAUCUGCUUUGGGAUACCUGAAUCUAAGUUACGUGGAGAUGGAGCCAAACUCAAGCCGCCAGGUCCAACAAAUCCUUGACUUAAAACUGCUUGCAUAUAAGACUCUCACUUGAGUUUCUCAACUGUUGUUCUUUCUUUAUUGGUCUUAACUUCUCUCUCUAGUCCAACUACUUUCUCUCUGAAAAAUGCGAAUCAAAACUCUAGUUCACCAUUUUGUUUCUCCACCAACCACCCACUUCAAAAUACACUCUCAAUCUUUAACCUCCUUUAACAAAUCAUCUUUUCGUUGUAAGCCCUCUCUUUUACCUUCAAAACUAUGCAUUUUUACACCAAAACAUUCCCACAAGAGAUUUAUAACACCUUGCAUUGGCUCAAGCCAGGAACUUGUUGAUGAUAAUGAAGAACUUGCGAGUGAAAGUGGUGGUAACAACAGUUCUGUUUCUUUGUCAAAAGAAGAAGAUGAAGAAGAAGAGGAAGCAGUGGAGGUGAAGACAGAUGGAUUGGCAAAUCAGAGUUUAUGGAAUCAAAUAAAAGAGAUCAUGAUGUUUACAGGACCCGCCACUGGGAUUUGGAUUUGUGGGCCAUUGAUGAGUCUCAUUGACACUGCUGUUAUUGGUCAGGGAAGCUCUGUUGAGCUUGCUGCUUUGGGUCCAGGAACUGUUUUGUGUGACAAUAUGAGCUAUAUAUUCAUGUUUCUCUCCAUUUCCACUUCAAAUAUGGUGGCCACUUCGCUCACCAAACAGGAUAAAAAUGUAGUGCAGCAUCAAAUAUCUAUCUUGCUGUUUGUUGGCUUGACUUGUGGCUUCUUGAUGAUUCUAUUUACUAAAUUCUUUGGUUUACAGGCUCUAACUGCUUUUGCAGGACCAAAGAAUGCACAUAUUUUACCUGCGGCAAACACAUAUGCUCAGAUUCGAGGCUUAGCAUGGCCUGCAGUUCUUAUUGGUUGGGUUGCUCAAAGUGCAAGUCUUGGCAUGAAAGAUUCCUGGGGACCUUUGAAGGCUUUGGCAGCUGCCAGUGUUAUUAAUGGAAUUGGUGAUGUAGUUUUAUGCACCUUCUUAGGCUAUGGUAUAGCCGGUGCUGCAUGGGCAACAAUGGUGUCCCAAGUUGUUGCCGCUUAUAUGAUGAUUAUGUCUCUAAACAAGCAAGGAUACAACGGAUUUGCACUCUCCGUUCCAUCACCCGAUGACCUUUUGGAAAUAUUUGGCCUUGCUGCUCCAGUAUUUGUAAUGAUGAUAUCAAAGGUGGCCUUUUACACUCUCAUUACAUAUUUUGCUACAUCGAUGGGAACACUCACCUUGGCUGCUCAUCAAGUCAUGGUUCAAACAUUCCUAAUGUGCUCAGUCUGGGGUGAGCCUCUGUCUCAAACGGCACAAUCAUUUAUGCCUGAGUUUUUAUAUGGAAUAAAAAGGAGCUUGGCAAAGGCUCGGAUGCUGUUAAAGUCCCUUGUAAUCAUUGGAGGUAUUCUUGGAUUGUUUUUAGCGGCCGUUGGAACAUCUGUACCUAUGUUGUUCCCCAAUUUCUUUACACCUGAUCAGACAAUCGUAAGAGAGAUGCACAGAGUGCUGGUACCAUACUUUCUUGCACUAUUCGUGACGCCCUGCAUUCUAAGCCUUGAGGGGACCUUGCUGGCUGGACGAGAUCUUAAAUUUGUUAGCUUAUCAAUGAGUGGAUGUUUCUCAUUGGGUGCUCUUGCACUGUUGUUUGUAAGUACCAAAGGGUAUGGUUUGCCUGGCUGCUGGUUUGUACUUGUAGGAUUCCAAUGGGCUCGGUUUUUGCUCGCUCUCCAACGCCUUCUUUCUCCCACCGGCAUACUUUUCUCUGAAAAUUUAAGCCAGCAUAAUCUGGAGAAGCUGAAAGCUGCUUAGUCUUAGAAUAUGCUUGCGCUUAUAUACAACAGAUAUGAAGCAUACUCAGACUCAGUCAUAUAUUUUUCUAUUCGCCAAAGAUCUCAUCACAUAA